AUGUCAGAAUGUGAAUGCACAAGGAACAACGUCAAUGAUGACAGUGUCAGCUCUCAGGCGCUAGGUAAACUAAGGAAAACGCUGCAGUCAUUGGUCAACGAAGUGCGUAACGAUGGUUUUGAACUGACCUCCCUCAUCCGCCAAUCACUCGCCUCAGCCCGGACAGAUCAGGCCGUAUGCGGACAGUUAAGUAACAUGAACGAGGUGUCUCUCUCAGAGAGUGGAGACUGUUUACCCACGAUUCAAAAGUGUUCGGAAAACGCUGAUUGUACUCGUACCGAAGACGCAGCAAAAAGUCAUCUGACCCCAAAGAAGUUCAUGAAAGCCGGUCCAGACGAGAGGCCCGCUGAUGCCGCCUCCUCAGACCCAGACGAAGCGGGUUUGUCCGCAAAGUUGCAGAUUAUAAGCAAAAACUUGCGAUCUCUGUUGGGGGAAGUGAAACAUGAUAGUACAGAACUAGCAACUUUACUUCGUCUUUCGCUGCUUUCAUCAAAAGGCUCAUCAGGAGAUCAAACAGUGGCACCCGCUGUGGCACCACUCCUCCCCUCGUCAAGGGACUUGAAUGACCUUCAAAGAAAUGUUGACAACCUGGCGAACAGCUUUCGCUCGGAGGCUCAACAAAUUAAAUCAAUGGUCUGCGAAUCCCUGCGACGGCGGUCACAGACGUCGCUUAAGGAUGAGACUAAUUGGAACGUUGACUAUACUCCCAACCCUUACAAUAACACUCUCAUUUCUGCCCCCCUUACGGCCGAUCGGUGCUUAUCAUCGAAAAACGCUGAUGUCGACCUAGACGGCGCCGAAAUGAGGUCAUGUGGCAGAUUUGCACCUGUUCAGAGAAGUAUGCAGUGCACGAUGAAUGAAGCAGAUAGGGAAGGUGAUAGCGGGGAGACAGACGGUUAUCAGUGCAAAAUCGCAACUUCAUCGGAAGAUCUUCUUCAUUCAAGCACACAAGCUCAACUUGGCAUCAAUGAGGGCCUUCGGAGGUUGAGACGGAGCAUCGGCGAUCUGGCAGAGGUAGUUCGUUCGGAAAAUCAACAGCUGAAAUCAGUCCUUCAGGAGUCAUUGCAGGGUGACUGUCCCUCUUCGCAAAUAUUCGCAGACCGGGGGAGUGAGGCGUCCCUUGAUGGUGAACAUACCUUAACGACAGAAAACUCUGACAACAGUUGUGCCGUAUGUCAUCAAGACUCUGAAGCUGUCAAAGACCUCGCGGACGGAAUGGGUAUCGUGACAAGUAAAAUCCAGUCCCUCAAGCAGGUAGUUUACGAUGAAGGAGAAACGAAAGCCUCACUCCUGAGAAGGUUGCCUAUUUUUUCCUCGUCCUCUUUGGCCCACAGAGUUCGAACUUCCGGUGCCUCUCAAACGGCUGCGAAUGAGAAGUUGGAAGAAUCGAAGCGCAGUAUCUGCGAUCUAACCGAGAAGCUUCCUCUCGACAGGAAACAAAUCAAGUCCACUCUGGACGAAUCGAUGGAGAAGAGGCCGAUAAUAUCAAUUCCAGUCACUAUUCAAGUGAAGGAAUCCACCUUGCCAGUAGAAAACACCCUCCAGAGUGAGUCUCUACCUGCAGAUGAUCUGCCCACAAGACAUGACUUCCGAGCCGAUGCCAAGGGGAAAGAGCGGAUUGGCUCACAAGCUGGCCUAAUGGCCGUUCUCGAGGUGGUUGCACGGAGCCUACUGGCACUGGCAGACGAAGUUCACAGGAACAGUCUUGAACUCACUACCCUAAUGCGGCAAUCUAUUCCCUCUCCGGCUGGUGCUACUUCCUCUUCGGCAGCCACUUGCGAGUCUGCCUCAGGGUCCGCUCACGAGAGCCUUGCCCGACUGAGGCGUGGGAUCAACGAGCUGAUGUUGCAGAUCCAGAACAAAAACGCCCAGAUGAAAACCAUUGUUCAGGAGUGGCUAAAGGGGACUUCUUCCUCGGGGAGGAAGGAUGGUGGCAGCUUGAAGAAGGUAGGAGGAGGAGAGCAGAACCAUUCUCAAGUCCUGCCCGCUACCUUCUCCGAACGAUGCGCCUCCACAUUGAGAGAGUCUAGUCUUCCACUGGCUCUGGACAUGCUACGGACCAGUGUACGCACACUGACUGACGAGGUACAUAACAGCACUGCCGAGCUGACAUCUCUCCUGCGUAAUUCUGUCCGAGCAGCCUCGCUGGGGUCAGAUCAACCCGAGAGGACUGAAGCCCUGCAGGAGCUGCUGAGAAUCAGACAGAGCAUUGUGGCACUGGCUGAAGAGGUGUGGUCAAAAAACAAACGCAUUAAAUCGGCUCUUCAGUCAUCCAUUCAGCAGUCUUCUAUCGGCAGCCCCGACUACUCCCAGAGGUCCGAUUGCACCUCUUGUGAGUCCCUAAGCCUCACCGGAACUGAAGCGCAAUUACUGUCCCCGUUAAGGGUCUCAUCUGCAACCUCUAAACUCCCGCACCCUGCUGACGUCCAGGCCACGGAGGAGUUACGAGACAUAAAAAAGAGCAUCCGGGAGCUGGCCGUGGUAGUACACUCCGGAAAGAAGCAAAUCAAGGAGGUCCUCUGUGAAGCUUUGAUGGAGAAAAAAGCGGAUUUGAGAACGAAUGCUCCCUCGGAGACCAGCAGUGCUCACCAAGCAAAAGAAGCCUCAUCUACCAAUGCUGUGCUCUUGACCGGCCUUGAUAGGUUAAAUGCCAGUAUGCGAAGUCUGGCUAACAGUCUCCAUUCCAUGCCUGAAUUUACUCAAAAAGCCCCUCUGACUGCGAAACCCACUUGUCUUGAGAACAAGGGAGAGGCUAUUCACGCGACAACGGACCAGUCGAUGCUGAAGACUCUUGAGGAGGUCAAAAAAAGUGUUAUGCUCAUUACCGGUGCUGGUCAGGGGGAUAAACCUAAUUUCAUUGCUUCAGCACCAACGGUUGAGGAUAAAGAAACUGGCGGUGCUGUUGGUAACACUUCUUCUGCGCCGCCUGAUCUACAGCAUUCCCUCCUGCUAAAGGUACUGGAAACGACUCAUGAGAGUCUCCGAGCGCUGGGUCGGGUCUCGGCUCCCGAGGCCAGCCUUGAAGCGGCCAAGAAAAAUGAAAUAAUGCAGCUGAUAACAGGAAUGCAGGACAGCUUGCGUUGCCUGAGGCAAGAAAAGAGAUGGUGUGCAGAGGCUGGAGAGCCGAACAAGACCUGUUCCAGGAUCGAGGACGCGUCCCGGAGGGUCUGUAAGCCAAAAAAGACAGCAUCCCGUAGGAUUGACGAGUCAGCGGAAAGGUGCGAGGAAUCGUCGGUGUCACUAAGACGAACGUCUGUCACAUCGGUACACAAGAAGACGGGCAAAAAGGGCAAGGCAAAAAGGAGGAAGAAAAACGUGAAUAAGAGACUUGAAAAACGGGACUCGGAAGAAGGAGAAGAUGGUGACAGGGGACGGACGCGGGGGGAUGCACCUGCAAACUGUGGGGGUCACGUGGCUUGCCAGCAUCAAAUGGGAUACCCCCAAAGAGUGACCACCAGUUACUAUGCGCCGCCCCCAAUGGCUCCUCCGUUAAGAUACUGGAGGUUUCCUCCACACACGGCAGCGAUUCGCUGGCCCCCACGUUCCAUCUUUCCUCACAUGCCCAUGGUGCCUCCCGCGCAAUGGGAUACGCCUGUUCCAAUACCCAAGGCCUCAACGCAAAUGCAGCCGGCCGCCUCUGCCAUCAAACCCCCUGUUGAAGUUAGGAGGAGACAGUAG